ACCGUCAGAUUCGAUUCCUCCUCCUCCGAGGAAUUCUGUCCCUUCCAGCUGCCCUGCCCUCCCCUCUUUAAAGGUUGACUUGCCCUGCGGCGCUCUACCGCGCUCCAGCCCUUUGGCGCCUCCUGCUCAACCCCUUGCUACACGUAUCUGCUCCAGCCCGCCCGCCCGUCCGCCCGCCCGCUCGCCCGCUCGUCCGCACCGCGCCGCGCACUUCCCACAGCAAAGCAGAAGGACGCCCAGGGAGAUGGAGAGCAAAGCCCUGCUCCUGGUGGCUCUGGGAGUGUGGCUCCAGAGUUUGACCGCCUCCCAAGUGGCCGCAGCAGACGGGGGAAGAGAUUUUACAGACAUUGAAAGUAAAUUUGCCCUAAGGACCCCUGAUGACACGGCUGAGGACAAUUGCCACCUCAUUCCCGGAAUAGCAGAAUCUGUGUCUAACUGCCACUUCAACCACAGCAGCAAGACCUUCGUUGUGAUCCAUGGCUGGACGGUGACAGGAAUGUAUGAGAGUUGGGUGCCCAAACUUGUGGCUGCCCUGUACAAGAGAGAACCUGACUCCAACGUCAUUGUGGUGGACUGGCUGUAUCGGGCCCAGCAACACUAUCCAGUGUCGGCUGGCUACACCAAGCUGGUGGGAAAUGAUGUGGCCAGGUUCAUCAACUGGAUGGAGGAAGAGUUUAACUACCCCCUGGACAAUGUCCACCUCUUGGGGUAUAGCCUUGGAGCUCAUGCUGCUGGUGUGGCAGGAAGUCUGACCAACAAGAAGGUUAACAGAAUCACUGGCUUGGAUCCAGCUGGGCCUAACUUUGAGUAUGCAGAGGCCCCCAGUCGCCUUUCUCCUGAUGAUGCAGAUUUCGUAGACGUCUUACAUACAUUCACCAGAGGGUCACCUGGCCGAAGUAUUGGGAUCCAGAAACCAGUAGGACAUGUUGACAUUUAUCCCAAUGGAGGCACUUUCCAGCCAGGAUGCAACAUUGGGGAAGCCAUUCGUGUGAUUGCAGAGCGGGGCCUUGGAGAUGUGGACCAGCUGGUAAAGUGCUCCCAUGAGCGAUCCAUUCAUCUCUUCAUUGACUCCUUGCUGAAUGAGGAAAACCCCAGCAAGGCUUACAGGUGCAACUCCAAGGAAGCCUUUGAGAAAGGGCUCUGCCUGAGCUGCAGAAAGAAUCGAUGCAACAAUGUGGGCUAUGAGAUCAACAAGGUCAGAGCCAAAAGGAGCAGCAAGAUGUACCUGAAGACUCGCUCUCAGAUGCCCUACAAAGUCUUCCACUACCAAGUCAAAAUUCACUUUUCUGGGACUGAGAGUGACAAGCAGCUCAACCAGGCCUUUGAGAUUUCUCUGUAUGGCACAGUGGCCGAGAGUGAGAAUAUCCCCUUCACUCUGCCUGAGGUCUCCACAAAUAAAACCUACUCCUUCCUGAUUUAUACGGAGGUGGACAUCGGAGAACUGCUGAUGAUGAAGCUCAAGUGGAAGAGUGAUUCCUACUUCAGCUGGUCGGACUGGUGGAGCAGCCCCGGCUUUGUCAUCGAGAAGAUUCGGGUGAAAGCAGGAGAGACUCAGAAAAAGGUCAUCUUCUGUGCUAGGGAGAAAGUGUCUCAUCUGCAGAAGGGAAAGGACUCCGCAGUGUUUGUGAAGUGCCAUGACAAGUCUCUGAAGAAGUCUGGCUGCUGCUGGCUUGUCCUCCGUGACCUCCAGGGCUAAUCCACAUGGCAGCUGGCAGCAGACUCUUUCCAGCACGUCAAUGCUAAGUGGAGACCAAGCAUGUGACCUUCCAUCUCCUCUCCCAAGUUCUCGGGAUAUGCUGUUUUCAUCCCCCCCCCCACUCCACUGCCAGACUCCAAGUGCUAAUGGGCCACACAUAUUAAAGGAA